AGCUCCAAGACUCCAGUUCAAUCUGCUGGGAAGGAAAAUAAGAAGAAAAAGAAGUCAAAUGAGGAAGCUAAAGAAGAGAACUAAGCUAUUUCUAGGAGGACAUACCCAAACGGACUCGUUGUUGAAUAGAUAAAAAUGGGCCAACCCAACGGAAAAAAAGCUACUCCUGGAAAACAGGUUAUGGUCAGCUACACAGGAAAACUUCAGAAGAAUGGGGAGGUCUUCGAUUCCAAUAAAAAUGGUUUUAAUUUCCUUCUAGGUGUUGGACAAGUAAUUAAGGGAUGGGACGUUGGCGUUAAUGGAAUGCGUAUUGGUGACAAAAGAAAGCUUACAAUUCCACCAUCAAUGGGGUACGGUGCUAGGGGUGCUGGUGGCGAUAUUCCUCCUAAUGCUUGGUUGACGUUUGACGUCAAACUGUUGGAUGUUAAGUAAAACCUCUCUGAGUUCGUAGAUACCUUUAAAGUGUGGUUGGAAUGUAGCUGCCAAAGAAUGAAUUUUUGAAAAAUGAUUUGUGUUUUUUUUUUGACAAGGCUAUAACCUUUGUUUUAAGUUGUCUUAGUGUUGUUUUUUUACUCAGAGUUUAUAUCAAUUAGUUGCUCCA